AAGUUUCAACAGAAUAAGAAGAAAGCACAAAGUCAUGUAAUUGAAAAAAAAAAAAUCAUUAUUCUUUUUUUUUGUUAUGCCUUUGUUUCCUGUUGCUGCUCAACCCUGUCUUUCUUUCUCUCACUUCGUCUUUCUCUCUCUAAAAUCUCAGCGCUAGAAUUGUGCCUUCUUGACAAACUUCUGCACUUUGAUUCCAGUUGGCGUUUUAAGAAGGCAGUUAGUGAAAUAUUUCUUAAUCAGGGAAUGACUGGGAUUGUGAGUGAGGAGUCUGGUGUGGGAAAGUCUGUGGAGGGAAUUUCAAAUGAGCAGCGAUGUCAAUCCGGGGAAGCAUUGGCAGAAUGGCGUUCUUCUGAGCAGGUGGAAAAUGGAAUCACAUCUACCUCUCCCCCUUAUUGGGACUCUGAUGAUGGAGAUGAUGGACCAAAACCUUCGGAGUUAUUUGGAAGAUAUACAUGGAAGAUAGAAAAGUUUUCUCAAAUUAACAAAAGGGAACUUCGCAGUAGUCCAUUUGAGGUUGGCGGCUACAAAUGGUAUAUUUUAAUCUAUCCACAAGGCUGUGAUGUAUGCAAUCAUCUCUCACUCUUUCUGUGUGUUGCUAAUCAUGACAAACUUCUUCCAGGAUGGAGUCAUUUUGCUCAAUUUACAAUAGCCGUGGUCAAUAAAGACCCAAAGAAAUCAAAAUAUUCUGAUACAUUGCAUCGAUUUUGGAAGAAGGAGCAUGACUGGGGAUGGAAAAAGUUUAUGGAACUGUCCAAGGUGUAUGAUGGAUUUGUUGAUACUUCAGACAAUCUGAUAAUAAAAGCUCAAGUUCAAGUCAUAAGGGAGAAAUCAGACAGACCUUUCCGGUGCCUUGAUUGUCAAUAUAGGAGAGAACUUGUUAGGGUAUAUUUGACAAAUGUAGAACAAAUUUGUCGGCGUUUCGUGGAGGAGAGAAGAAGCAAACUUGGGAAAUUGAUAGAGGAUAAAGCUAGAUGGUCAAGCUUCUUUUCUUUCUGGCGGGAAAUUGACCAGACUUCUAAGCGCCACAUGUCUAGGGAGAAGACAGAUGUAAUUUUGAAAGUAGUUGUAAAGCAUUUCUUCAUUGAGAAAGAAGUCACUUCUACUUUGGUAAUGGAUUCCUUGCAUAGUGGAUUGAAUGCUCUUGAAGGCCAGACUCAAAACCAAAAAGCUAAAGUGAAAUUGCUGGAUGCUGAAGAAAUACCAGCGCCACUUGUUCAUGUUGAGAAAGACAUGUUUGUACUGGUGGAUGAUGUUUUACUGCUACUUGAAAGGGCUGCAAUAGAACCACUGCCUCCUAAAGAUGAAAAGUGCCCUCAAAACCGGACAAAGGAUGGAAAUUCUGGAGAGGAUUUCAACAAGGAUUCUAUUGAGCGUGAUGAAAGGCGUUUAACAGAAUUGGGUCGUAGGACUUUGGAAAUAUUUGUCCUUGCCCAUAUAUUCAGUAAUAAAAUUGAGGUUGCCUACCAGGAAGCUGUUGCACUAAAAAGACAAGAAGAACUCAUCCGUGAAGAAGAGGCUGCAUGGCAAGCUGAAAGUGAUCAAAAAGCAAAACGUGGGAGUGAGAGGGAGAAGAAGUCGAAGAAAAAACAGGCCAAACAAAAACGUAACAACCGAAAAGGAAAGGACAAAGGGAGGGAGGAGAGGUCUACUGUCUCUGUACCUGAGAAGAACCAAGACAAUGCUGCUGAUGACAAAAAUGAUUCUAACAUAGAGGAAGGUGUAGCUGUGUCUGAAAAGGCUGAUGCUGUGGAAGAUGUUUCUGACGUGUCUGACUCUGUAGAUGGUGUUGCUGAAACGCUUCAGCCUGAUUCAGAAGACAGAGAUGCUGGUCCUGUUAAUUGGGAUACUGAUGCAUCAGAAGUUCAUCCUCCAUCUGAGGAUAGAAACAAUGGCAUAGGUGGUGCUUCAACGAUACGAAAUGGAAUGUCCGAGAAAAGGAGCAGUUCAGUGAUAGAUGAUAGUUCUUCAACAUGUUCUACUGAUUCUUUGCCGUCAGUAGUCAUGAGUGACCCCCACAAGGGAAAUUCUUUCUCAAAUUAUAAAGUCCAAAAGUCGCCUAGCAGAGGUAAGAACCGAGGCAAAACAUUGUCUGAUGUUAGUAGUUGGACGAAUGAAAUAGAUAGUCAGCCAUCUCGUUCUGCGGCAGAUGCUGGGGAUAGUAACAAUGAGUCUGGAAGUGGUAAGACUGGCAAAUCUGAGUCUGAGGUUGUUGUCCUCUCCUUACGUGAUCAGUUGAAGUGGGCCGAGCAGCACGUUGUCAGAAAGGAAGAGGAGUUUCUUUCGGUGAAGAAACCGGGCAUCAGAGACGUUGUUGAGGCAGAGAGAUCUGUUGACAAUGACAGUCUACGAAAAGAAAAGAUAUCAGCUGUGCCAUCCUCACCCAUUAGUCCUCCUAGAAACUUAUCAUCCUCUAUUCAAAUGAAGUUAGAACACAAGACUAGCCCUACUGUAUAUCCUGUUCAUAUCAGGAAAACAUCUUUAAGUGGCUCCCCACAGACUGAUAAAGACCCAUCUUCACCUUUUACUCCUGCAUCACCAGUCCCAGCUGUGUCUAAAACCGAUAUACAAAAGACUUCAACUGCAAGAUUAACUGAAAGAUCUGAGGCACAAGUGCCAAUGAUGUCGAGACCUUCAAGUGCUCCUUUAGUUCCUGGUCCCAGGCCAACUGCCCCUGUUGCCUCCAUGGUUCAAACUGCUCCCCUACUUGCACGCUCAGUGAGUGCAGCUGGCCGGUUGGGUCCUGAUCCCUUACCUGCUACUACCCAUAGGCGUGCUCCUCAAUCCUACAGAAAUGUGAUUUUGGGAAACCCUGUGGCGUCAACUGCUGCUAGUCUGACCCAUUCCAGCUCCUCAAGUUCAGGAGUAAAUCCAUCAUCACCUGGCUAUUCUCAACCAUCGUUACAUUCAUCUGUAUUUUUAUCCCAGAGCUCUGACAGAUUGGACAAAAGUUCUGGUCAGUCUGGUGUUCAUUUUAGCUUGAUUGCACGGGAUGUUUUACAGAAUGGUUCCCAGUGGAUUGAGAGUUCUCAAAGGGAAUCGAACAGAAUGCCCUUUGAUCAACCCUCCAGGCUCGAUGAUGCUCAAAAUCAUGACUUGUACAGGCCGGCGCACAGUAGAUCAAUGGGCAACAUGUCAACUGAGUUCCCAGCCUGUGCAUCUGGGCGUCAUAACCAAGGGUUAAUGGUGGAUGAGUUCCCACACCUUGAUAUCAUAAAUGACCUGCUUGAUGAUGAACAUGUUAUUGGGAAGUCGGCUAAAUCAAGUUCAGCAUUCCAGUCUCCAAAUAAUGGAUCGCAGUUGCUAAAUCGACAGCUCACUUUUCCUGGGGAUUUGGUGGCAAAUGAUGAUCUGGGAUCUUCAACCAGUUCUUGCAGGUUUGAGCGAUCACGAAGUUACCAUAAUGACCAUAGAUUCCAAGGAGGGUAUAGCUUGUCUGGUGGGCAUUAUGAUUCAGCGAGGGAUUAUAUUCCAGCGAUGAGUAGUGUGCAUUGCGUGAAUGGUCAGGUAGAUGGGUUGAUACCAAACCAAUGGCAAGUGGGUGGUUCUGAUCUGUUGUAUCUAGGCAUGAGAAACACAGAGAACGGUAAUUAUGCAUACUAUCCAGAUUACUCAAAUAUGACAUGCGGUGUCAAUGGUUAUACUGUAUUCAGGCCGUCAAGUGGUCCCUAAGAGGGAAACGGUAAACUAACAAAUGUAAUGUGUUUGAGGAAAUUGUUGGGUCUUUUUAGAUUGGAGUGAGGUUGUAAUCUCUCGAUUAAAAACCAUUUUGUAAAGAGUGUGAGUUAUUUGAUUCCAGCUUUUUAUCCACUUCAUGUCUUUGCCUGCUUCA